AUGCUUGCUUGCCGCAUUCGAAGCUUAUCAGGGCAGAGCUUCGACUUGGAGGUACCCCCAGAGUCAACCGUGAAAGAUGUGAAGUACCGAAUCGAGCAAGACUGGGCGAUUCCGAAGAUUUGUCAGAAACUUCUCUACAGGGACCAGCUCCUGGCGGAAAAAUGCCGUUGCCAAAGUUUUGCAGACGGCUGCAUCGAGCUUCAGCUGGUCAUUACCACUGAGAUCUUGCGUUCCUCAUUGAGCUCUGCCCUGGCUUUGGAGGCUUUGCAGGGCCUUCACAGCAUCGCCAAGGAGAGCGCGGGAGAUCCAAAGGUCUGGUCGGCAGUGGAGGCUGAAGUUUGGGAUAGCUUACAUCAGCCAUUGCGAGAUGUUCAAGACUUGGCCACUUCAGUCCUCAUGGCGGCUGCUGGCGCUGGCAGGUCUGGAACGCGAGAGGAAGUCUUGGAGCGUCUGGAAAGUCAAGAUGAGCGCUCCAGGCUCGUUGCCGUGCAGAUGCUGGGCAUCAUGGGUGAUGCAUCAGCAGACGCAUUGAGGCGGCGGCUUUUAGACCCGAGCGAUACGGUGCGGGCAGCGGCGGCAGAGGCUUUGGCUUCUCGCCCAGAGUUCCUGGAUCAAGCGGCCAGGUUCGCUUUAAGCGCCUUGCUCCAUGACCGGAGUGCUCUGGUGCGAACGGCGGCCACGCGCGGCCUCGCCCGCUUCGUCUCAGUGAGCGGAUGUCCUGUUUGUGCUCCAGCAGGCGAUCCUGAACAAUAUGCAGAUCGGCUGGAAUUCGCUUUUCUCGCAGUCUUAGCACGCCUUCAGCACCCUGAUCCGUCUGUGCGCAGCUCUGUGGCUGGUGCCGCGGGUGCUGUGCUCAAUGCUGCAGCGCGGCGUCGCUGCGAACGCUGCAAUUGCCGACGUCGCCCGGAAGCGGCAGAGGAGACGAGCUUUGCCACCAUGGCUGCUCAAGCCCUCUCCGCCUGUUUGGCCGAUGAAUGUGCCGCAGUACGCGCGUUGGCAUUGCAAGCUUUGGCAGAGUUUCCCGGAGGGAACGGGAAAGAUAGAAAGAUCAUGGCACCGGAGCUCUCUGCACUCAAGAAUCAGGUGGCACCUUGCCUAAAGCACAUGGACGCCGGAGUCCGUGUCGCAGCCACGCGUGCCACCGUUCGCCUUGUACAGAAUGGCGACAGGGAGUCGAUCCAGGUUCUUCAGCGUUUGGUGCACAAAGACUCCGACAUCAGUGUCCGGACGGCAGCGAAAAAUGCUCUUCUGGCGCUGGGGGUGGACCCCUUUUAA